AUGAGUUUAUCAUAUUAUGAUAAGCUAGUUGUAGGACUUUAGAAAAAUCCAAAAGAGAGAACCCCUAGCGAUUUAAUUAGGAUAAGUUAAGAGAUAGAGAAUGUGAAUUUCUUAAAAUAAUUUAUUGGUACAAACACUCCAGAAUUUUUAGAAAUGUGUUAAUUCCUAAAAUUAGAAGAAUAUCCUUCAGAUCACAUCUUAUUUUAGCAAGGGGAUUUAGGUGAUAAAUACUACAUUAUUGUGAAAGGAAAAGUUCAAAUUUCUAUCAAUAUCCCUCAAGGUAAAGGUAAAAAUCAAACUUUUAAAUUGAAGGAAGUAGGACAGAUAGGAAUAGGAAUGAGUUUUGGAGAACUUGCAUUACUUUUUAAUUCGAUAAGAAAUGCUACUAUAAAGACUAUAGAAUAAUCUGCUUUUAUAGUUCUAACUAAAGAUAUCUUCUCUAACUAUAUGAAAUUCAAAACGCCUCCUAAUGCUGAAGAGAUAUUAAAAUUUUUUGAUUAACUGGAGUCUUUUUAAGAAUAAAAAUUAGCUCUUCCUUAAAAAAUAUAGAUAGUUUCUAAGUGUGAUACAAAAAAUUAUGUUUCAAAUGCAGCUAUAGUUCUACAAGGAAAACCAGUAGAUAGUCUUAGCUUCAUAAAAAAGGGUCUCACAAAAGUAUAUAGAAAGGUUAAAUUCAAAGUUAAUACGAUUACAGGAGAAAUUGACCCAAAAGACUGUAGUGAUCCAUCAGAAUUUGACAUCUAAAAUGGAUACUUUAAAGAACUUUUUUUAGAAAUAGAUGAAAUUUACGAAGGUAACUUAAUAAGUGAGUAUGAAUUGUUAAAUUAUAAGCCUAGCUAUGUAAGUAUACUUGCAUACACACCAACAGAAAUAAUUUCUAUAAAUAGAAAUGAUUUACAAAUACUUCCUGAAAAAUUAAUAGAUCAAUUUAAGAGUAGCUCUAAACCUUAUCCACCAGAUUCGAAGCUUAGGAAAGUAUUUUUUUAAGGAUUGCAUUGGAAAAACUUUAGAAUAGAUGUAGUAGAUAAUAUGAACAUCGAUUCACGAAACAAAAAAAACAUAGUAAAUAAAAAAAUAAUGGAUAGAGAAUAACCUUAUUAGAUACCAAUUUAAGCUACUCUACAUGUAGAUGAAGACUCUUUUAAUAAAGAACUUGAAGAAAAUGAUGAUGAUUUAGAAAAAUAAGUUUUUAAACCCUUAGAUAAACUAUUUAAUAACUAGAAGGAAAAUAAAAUAUUAUAAAAAUUGAGUGACGAUAGCUAAAACUUAAAAGACAGUAAAUCCAGUGAACUGAAAGCUAAUCAACAAAGCCCUGCAAAAUUCUCUUUUAUGAGUGCUAGCUAGAGAAUUUCUCCAAUAAAAAAUAAUAGAAAAUCAGCUUGUAAUAUAAAUUUAAAGCCAAUAGCUUAAAGCAAAGCUGAAAAACUGCAAUUAGGUGAUAUUUUUGCUAAUGUUAAUUAGCCUUCAUUAAAUUAGGUAUCAAAAUCAUUACUUCCUCCUAUAAUGUCAAUGCUAUCAUUAAAAUAAUCUAUAUCAAGAUAAGACCAUGAAGAUCCCAUCUUUGAGACUAAUAACUAAAUAAAGUUUGAUAAAGAGCAAGAAAAAUAUUUAAUAAGAAGACAAUUAUAUAAAACUCUUGACCCAAAAAAAGAAAUUAGAAAUUCUUUAAAAAAUAAUAAAAUAAAUUCAUUUAAAAUAGAAGAUUACUCAGGAAAUGAAUCAAAUUAGUUAUCAUUAUAUAAAAAGGAAAAUAAAAUAGUUUUACACAGAUAUGUAACACCAAAACUAAAUCACCGAAGCCUAUAACUACUGAAAUAGUAAGAUGUUAUACUAACAGAAAGGCCUAAAAAAAUAAAUUGA